CGACGCUCCUCUCCCACCCAACCUAACCUUCUCAACUGACUUUUCCCGUUCCCCGCUUCCCUUCGCUUCUACUCUUCCGUUGCGACUGCCGAGAAGGCCCGCCAUGGCCGCGCGCUACGAGGUGGACCUCAACAUUGCCUCCGCCCGCAACCUCAAGAACGUCAACUGGCGCCACGGUGACCUCAAGCCCUACGUCGUCGCCUGGGUCGAUCCCGCCGCCAAGAGCUCCACCAAGGUCGCCGUCGGCGGCGACGACGAUGAUCCCAUCUGGGAUGAGAAGCUCGUCCUCCCCCUCCCCUAUGGCCUCCCUCUCGAGGACGCCACCCUCUCCCUCGACGUCGUCCACGCCGGCUCCGGCGAGGGUGUCAAGCCCCUCGUCGGCUCCGUUCGCCUCCCUCUCCGCGACGUCCUCGACGAGGUCGGUCUCGGCAGCAAGCUCAACCGUACCCUCAAGCUCAAACGCCCCUCCGGCCGCCCCCAUGGCAAGCUCGAGGUCACGGUCGCCGUCAAGGAGCCGGCCCGAUACUACGAUGCCUACGCCCCGCCCUACGGCCAGGCCUCCUCGAGGGACUACGGCUACGCGCCGCCCCCCUACACGCCGACCCCCUACGCCACGGCGCCGACGGGGUACCCCUACGCGCAACCGCCGACGGGGUACCCCUAUGGGGGUCCGCCGGCGGGGGGGUACGCCUACGGGGCUCAGCAGCCGCCGGUGGCGUACGGGCAGCAGGAGAAGAGUAAGUCCAAGUUCGGGAUGGGGACGGGGCUGGCGGUGGGGGCGGCGGCGGGGCUUCUUGGGGGGCUGGCGCUGGCGGAGGGAGUCGACUACGUUGAGGACAAGAUCGCCGACGAUGUGACGGAGAGGGUGGAGGACGAUCUGGCCGAGGAUGGGGAUUACGAUGGAGAUGACUUCUAAGGGCGCCGCGAUCCCGAUCUCAAUAAAUCCAACCACUUGGUUUUCUCUUCGACCUUAUUCCCAUGCUUUUCCGUUCUCACAUGUUGAUGAUGGUAUUUACAUGUAUAAGGUAAGAUCUGGUGGUGUGUUAUCUACAGUCUCAUGAUAUGCCCAUGCUGUGUUUUCUCUCUA